AUGAAUCAGAUGAACCAUCGCCGAAGCGAAGGCGCUCGAGGUCGCGAGACUCGGGCGCUAACAGUGGUGUCGGUUCUCCUAUGGACAACACUUCGCAACGAGGUGCCAGUCCUUCUGUCGGCAACGUCGCAGGAAGAGCGGGACCGCAGUGUCUUGCGUCUCGCUCCCGAGAAGAAGGCAUGGCUGCCUCCAAAAUCCGUCAUGGAUCACUUGUCGGCGACGACGAGUGAUCGUUAUCGAACACGAUUGUUCGAUUCGUCAAGGAUCCAUCACCUUGACCCCAGCGCGAAAAACUAUCGCGCUGAACAUGAAUUCUUCAUCGAUGCUUUCUUCAGACAUCGAUGGUACAGUGGGAAUCACAAGCGUGAUGGUCCCUCACUACUUCAAGCGUGGAACGCCUACAUCCAUAACCUUGAGGAUGUAGGUCGUGACGCUUGGAACGACAAACUUAUCAAAGCUCGUGUUAAGUUUGAAAAGCGAACCCCGACAGGUGCACGCUACAAGCUGCAUCGUCUGUCAAGGGAGAAAGGAUUACCCUGCCUCUCUUGGGGAGACUCGUGCCCGUGUUGUGUGAACAACUUUGCACGAGCACCUAAGGAGGCUUACCUCCUUAAUAGCCCGUGGUGGCGCGUACGUAUCUCUAGUGAGAUGUACGAAGGGAUUGACUACCUGAAAUCCCUUUACGACCGUGCCGGGAAGACUUUCUCCGGCGGUCCUUCUGCGGCACAGGAUGUGCCGCAUCGUACUGCUCAACCAGACCCAGUACGUCAAUCAUCAGUUGGGAGCGGGCUCCCAAGUAUCCCAGGACGGGGGAUAGCCGCGCCACCGGACGAGAUAACUCGUCCGACGUCCGUUCACGUCGCGGUGGUUCAACAGCUGCUCAACUAG